CUUAUAUCUCAUUUAUCUGUCGUUUUUGAGAAGAGAGGCACCUACCAGUGGCUUGACAUUUACCUUCACUCCCUUUUUCCAGAAACCAAAACUUGAGUUAAGAACAAUGGCCUUUGCUGCAAUGAAACCGACCAAACCUGGUUUGGAGGAUCCCCAGGAGCAAAUUCACAAGAUCAGGAUCACCCUCUCCUCCAAGAAUGUCAAAAACCUCGAGAAAGUUUGCGCGGAUUUGGUUCGCGGUGCCAAGGAUAAGAGACUGAGGGUUAAGGGACCAGUGAGAAUGCCCACUAAGGUUCUUCACAUCACAACAAGGAAGUCUCCCUGUGGUGAAGGGACAAACACAUGGGAUCGAUUUGAGCUCCGUGUUCACAAGCGAGUUAUCGAUCUCUUCAGCUCCCCCGAUGUUGUAAAGCAAAUCACAUCUAUCACCAUUGAACCUGGUGUCGAGGUGGAGGUUACCAUUGCAGAUUCAUAAGUAUGCUUCACUUUUGCAUGCCAGCGACCUCUAGAUUAUUCAGAUAAGAUUUCGCUCACAUUUGCUCUAAACAAUCAUUAGUUCAACUGCGCAAGUGGUUGGUUAUAGGGUGUGUGAUUUGCCAUAGUAGUUUUGAAGUUAAAGAUUCUAUAUUUCGUCCAUUUUGUUUCCCAAAGAUCAUGUUCAGGUGAUUUUAUUUAUCGUGUUAUUCGACAGUAAAGCCGCUUUGUUUUCACUUCUUUUGUUUCCUUGUUACCUAAAUAUCAUGAUUGCCUUAGAGGAAUAAUAUUAAUGGGUUGUGAAGUGUUUUUGCAGUGCAAUCCUGGGUUCGGUAGGUGCCAUUUUCCAGCAACUUCUGGGGAUUGCAUAAAGCUCGUCAUAUACAUUUUAUAGGAAAGGAAAAUACCAUAGAAUAUAUACACGAUGGCGUUGCUCUAAAUUAGGAAGUGCAGAUGGUAUGGCAACAAGUGGUGCUUUUUUCUUCGAAACUAAUCCAAAUUUCACAUGGGCAAAACAUCACCUUUUAUAUGUUUUUUUAGAAGCGAGUAUCCAUCACCGAUCGUUUUACA